ACACAUUGUCUCUCGCUCUGACGUUACGCCGAGUGUUCUCUCCCUCGGCACGAUAUCGCACCAGCUCUCCGGCUUCAGAUCCAGAAUUCAUUGCGCAUGCCUCAUCGGGUUCGCUGUGGUUGUGGCCGCCGAAGAGUGCGCAGUGCGCGAUCAGACGCACCCGAACUUUGUCGUCAGUGGGUCGUCAGCAAGGCACGCAGCACAGUAGCCAUCGCCACCGGACAUUAGAUAAGAGGUGCGUAGAUAUAUCGGACUGUCCGGUUGGUAGGUGCAGUACGAUACGCGGGUGUGUUCCUGCCAGCUGUGGAUUAGAUAGGACGCAACCAAGCAAAAGGUCCACCGGGUCACAUUCCACACGCCAACCAUGGAGAGUAAGGAGCAGACCGAUGACGAAGUGCUGCAGGGUAUGCUGAGCCGGCGUUUCCAUUAUGCAAAAGCCCAGCGGACCACCGCCUAUCAUCACACGUUUCGAACGAAAACACGAUGGGAGCUUGUCCGGCUGUCACUGCUAAUCGUCGGCAUCGAGUGUACGUACGCGACAGAGACGGCCUUCGUUGCGCCGAUCCUGCUGGCCAUCGGACUGCCCCACACGCUGAUGACGAUGAUGUGGGCAAUGCCACCGAUUGUUGGCGUACUGUUUGUGCCGGUGGUAGCGUCCGUCAGCGAUCGGCUACGGUUUGCGUGGGGCCGUCGCCGACCCGUACUGCUGAUACUGGGCGUUGCGAUGCUGCUCGGCAUGAUGCUGCUUCCGCACGGUCGUCUAAUAGGGAAAGCGAUCGGACUGCGGAGUGUGGCGUGGAUUGCUACCAUCACCACCAUCGGCCUCACCACGACCGACUUCUCGGCGGAAGCUUCGAACGGGUUGUGCCGGACGUACGCGAUGGAGGUGUGUACGAUACAGGACCAGGCCCGGGUGCUCAGCACGAUGAUGCUGAUCGGUGGUUUGGGCGGCAUGCUCGGGUAUCUGUUUGGUGCCAUCGAUUGGAGUGCGCUCCCCGUCGGCCAGUACUUCGAAAGCAACGAAGCAGCCGUUUUCACGGCCAACUGGAUCGUACUGCUGAUAGGGCUGGUAAGCACACUGACCAGCUUCCCGGAGAUACCGCUCCCGGUACAGGAAGAGGACGAACUGUUGCGGCCCGUCACACACUUUAUGCUGCAGAACGAGAUGAAGCGUAUGCGGGGUGAUGAGUAUACGGCCCAAACAAACCUUGGCGAAAGCAUUGGCUUUCGGCAGUUCAUACGCAACACCGUCCAGAUGCCACGCUCGAUGAAGAUCCUCUGCCUCACGCAGUUCCUGUCCCAUAUGGGCUAUCUACCGUACUGCCUGUACUUUACCGAUUUCGUUGGUGCGGAGGUGUUUAAUGGAGAUGUUCAGGCUCCAGCACACUCGGCAGCACUGUGGCAAUACGAGGAAGGAGUUCGGUUCGCCUGCUGGGGCAUGGCAGUGUUUGCUGGCUGUGCCUCCCUGUACUCGUUGGUGAUAGAGAAGCUGAUUGCUAGGGUCGGAGCACGGCCCGUGUAUGUGUUCGGACUGAUGGCACACUGUGUCGGUAUGCUGGCGAUGGGCUUUCUGCGCAAUCGGGUGAUUGUAAUGGUGUGCUGUUCGCUUACCGGCAUCAUGUACGCCACCAUAUACUCCAUUCCGUUCCUGCUGAUCUCACACUAUCACUCGAAAAACUCGUUCCACAUGGAGGAUGGCAAGUGUGUGGAAAGCACCGAGCCACGAGGUUUCGGAGCAGACGUGUCGAUGAUGAGCAGCGUCCUGUGUCUCGCCCAGCUAAUCGUUUCGCUCGUGAUGGGCGUUCUAAUCGAUGCUGCCGGUACGACGGCCGUCAUCACAUUCGCGGCCGGUGGAUGCAGCUUUCUAGCAGCUGCGUCCGCCAUGGCUGUCGUGUACAUGGGUCUGUAAAUACAUUCUGUCAACCUCGGGACAACACAAAACUUCCGAUCCCAUCACAAUCGUUUCAUUGGCUUCAUCACUUCAAGCGGUGCUUUAAAGCGCUGGGCGUCCAAUUGAGCGGCCGAUUGUUGUGCUGCCGCACAACGCGUGUUCUAAUUGAUGUGGAUGAAUCUUCAAUCGCAUGUAGGAAGGUUUCGCGUACGCCCGUUUCGCUGCGAGCGCACGAUAGCAAUUUAAUUGGCGAUGCCGCACCGAUGCCUCACAUCGAUGCUUCACGGGACGGCCCGCGUACGAGCUAAUAAAGUUGUCUACAAGUACACGACCGAGAGCGGCGCGACAUCCCGACCACUGCGGGUAAAAAACACAACGCGUACAGCAUCCGUGUGGCAGCUGGUCGCCGUCAUGGAAAUGUGACAUCAAUUACGGGAGAUAAAACUAAGAGACGCUCGCCGGGUUGCCAUGGCACCCUCAGGCCUGGAAUGAUUGAUUGUGUACGGGUCUGUCGUAAUUAAAUGAUAAAGUUUUUCGUGCCGAACCGGCGAUGAUGUGACGGUGAAUGGGAGCAUGGGUGACACGUGAGCCGAGAUGAGCGAUCGGCGGGGGCGGUGUAGACAACAUUUGUGAUAGAAUAUGUAUUUCUAGGUAGGUCGGACACCGUGUACGUAUUUUAAUCCUAUAAAUGAAGGUUGUUAGUGGUAGCGAGUUUGGUCGGAGAACGUUCUACGGUGCUGCUGGUUUAGUGCAGCUUGGGGAUUCAUAUGUUCUCAGUAUGUUCCAGAUGACAGGUUGAUGUACUUAGUUUUUCAUAUUAAUUCUCGACUCUUAGAAGACAAAAUGACGAUGUCACCACAAGAUGGUCAGUUGGGUACUUCAAGCUGUAUUUUUACAGCUCAUACAAUUAUAGCACAUAUUUAAUAAAACGAGCUAAUGGAUAUUGUUUUAUUUUA